AGUCUCCUAAAACUGAUGCCAUUUAACUUUCUAAUUCUUAUUCUAAUCUCCCAUUUUUCUUCAGUGGUGAAUGCCCAGCUUCCGGAACCCAAUGUAGAAGUGGGAAGCGAUGCCCUUUUCUACUGUACGGGAGAUCAUUCUACAACAGCGUGGUACAAAGGUGAUGAGAAGCUUGGACCUGAGGGGCACUUCACGGUGGUGACCGUCCAGUCCGGACCACUCACGUACUCCAACAUGACCAUAUUCAGUGUUGUCAAGAAUGAUUCUGGCAUAUACAGCUGUAAAGAUGACCAAGGAGCAUCCUAUGAUGUCACUCUUACCGUAUAUGAAGUGAGGGAUGUUGUUGUCAGUCCCGCUGAGCCCGAGUUUGUAGAGGGUGCCAACCUGCUCUUGAAUUGCACCGUUGAUGGUACCACAGACCAGACCGUCUCAUGGAGCGUUGAUAAGGAUGGUACUCCAGAGACCUUGACAGGUGGUGACGACACCAGUCAUGUCCAAGUCUUCAAUAAUGGCUCUCUGAUCAUCCGUGGUCUCACCCCAGAAGAUGCCGGAGUCUACACCUGUACUCACGCAUUUGACGAGGCUUCUAAGUCUGUUUCAGUCAAUGUAGGAGGUGCUAUCACCCUUACGGCCGAAAAGUCUGUCAAGUACACAGAAGGUGACCGUGCCCUGAUAGAGUGUGAAGCCCACGUCAUCACUGCUGCUCUGCUGCCCUCCAUCUCCUGGAAGGUGAAUGGAGUAGACCUUGCAGAGGCUUGCCCUGAGCGUUGUACCCUGAAGAACACCACCACAACCCACACCAUCACCAGCAAGUUAGAAAUUGUCAACAUCAUCAAAGAGGAUAGAAAGAACUACACCUGCACCGCUACCAAUGCAGCUAACCCUGAGGGUGUGUCCAGAGACAUUCUUCUCAGGGUCAGAGAUCGUCUUGCCGCUCUGUGGCCUUUCCUUGGAAUUGUGACGGAGGUGGUCAUCCUGAUCAUCAUCAUAUUCAUCCAUGAGAAGUGCAGCAAAGGAGAGGACUAUGGCGAAGACGACGAAGAUGACGAUGACCCCAAGAAAGAGAAGAAACAAAUCAACGAUGGAGACAGCGACAUGAGGAUGCGAUCAUCCAAAGAAUGACAGAAUGUUCCCCAGCGAAGGACCGCCUGGGCGGAAAUGGAACCAAGCCCUCAGUAGCCAUUUGAACCUGCGACCUUCCAUUCAGAUUAAAACAAGCCAUUCUUUAAUAUCAUCAAUCAAACAAUGUCAUUUCACCUCACUUUAUUCUCCCCCUUAUAAUGAAAACAGUGUAACCUUCUUAUUCUAUAUUUUACUUUACAUCCUUAAAUCAUUGUCCAUUCUCUUUCUAUCGGGUAAUUUAUUUGUAUUACAUUAAUUUUCUACGUAGUGUAUUAAUUUUAUGUUGUUUUUGUUUAACAAAAUGCUGUCCAAAUGAUGAUUGAAGAAGUUUUGGCAUUUCAGAGUACAAAUCAAUUCUACUUCAGUUUAUUUUUUUAUAUGCUUAAAAUAGAUGCAAAUUACUGUUUUAGUUUGUGUUUACGUUAAAAUUCCUACCAUUUUGUCUACAUUUUUUUGAUAUGUAAUUUUGUUUUACUGGUGCUUUUACCAUUAUGGAUUUUUUGGGGGGCAGUUUUCCACUAUCAGUUUUUGGUUUGUGACUUUAAUAAGCCUUUGGUAUUCUGUAGCAAUGUUUGUCAACUUUUGGUUUGGUAGAAAACAAGAACAUCUUUAUCUGCAUUACCUCUCUCCGCCAAGGGUCGGCCAGGUUACUACGGGAUAACUACAUCUAUCUUUAUCUGCAUUACCUCUCUCCACCAAGGGUUGGCCAGGUUGUUACCGGAUAACUACAUCUAUCGUUACAGAGUUUUGAUUCAGUCAUCAAGAAGACCUGAUUUCCUCUUUUCCCUGAAAUAAAAUAUCAUUUGCCAUGAUCGGAUGAACUGCAGUUGGCAAUGCAUUACCUUGGUGAUUGUGCAUUAAUGAACCCUUAAACCCAUUGCCUCCUGGAAGCGGGUGAUUCCUGUAUAAAGUCUAUUUGGAAUUCAAGAUUUCAGUAGUCAUCAGGUUAACUCAGUCACUUGUGUGUAAAAACAUCAUAACACAGUGACACUGAUGACAACAAAAUUGAAGACUCCGUUAUCUUUAAUGACAGCAAUGAACUUUUAAGUUGAAUUCUUGUAGAGUUUUCAUUUUGGGGGUAUUUUUCUUUAUUUCAGACUAUAUAGAGUUCCCUAUCAGAAAGAAAACCGAAACAUUAGUUUGUUUAUGUGUGAAAUGAACAGACCGCAUUUGUUUUAAACAGUAAUUAUUUUCCUCGAUAUUUUGUCAAGAUAAUUGGAAAUGAACACUGAGGGCUUGACUAGUUCCUGAGGGGUAGUUCCCGAUUGCAGCAUGCGUUAGGUCAAACCAGUGUAGUAGGGCCAUCCAAGGGAACAGAAAAAAAGUGGCCACUUGAGACAGGUGGCCUUUGUGGACAGGUUCUAUGACAAAUGUUCCUUUCAAAUGGGAGACAGUUUAGAUGAUCAUUGAAGACAGGCUUCACUGUAGACAUGUGGUCGCUUUAGACAGUUUUGAUUGUAUUUCAGUCUGAGGUGUCUGAGAGGCGGGACUAGCAGACCUUUCCAAAAGUCUGAGACUUCUUUUUCCUGCAGGAAACCAGUAAGCAGCUUUUCAUUACAAAUCAACACAGUCACCACUCACCA